UUUAUAUUUUAUUUUUGAUGACAUUUAAAACCUUGAGGUUAGAAAGCUGAAAGUAGAGAAGAACCAAACUUACAAGGAACCAGAUUUUUCAAGGAAUUUUCUCUCUCUUUCUCUCUCUUUUUGUUUUUCUUCUUUCUUCUUUUUAUAUUUUUCUGUUGAGGGGUGCAAAGAAUCCAACUUUUUUCUUUGUUUUUCACAAAUUUGGUUACAUUUGGGGACAUGAGUCCCUGACUUAGCAAAAGAAAGAUCAGCCUUCGACCAGCAGCUGGUUCCCAAGAACAAAGAGAGAAAAAAAAAAUAAAAAGAAGAAGAAAAAAUAAACAUAAUUUAACAAAAGAAGAAAUAAUUACAUACAUAGAGAUAUAUUGAUAAUCGAUACUUGUGGAGGUGUAGUUAGUAUAAAUAUAGUAAGUAAGGAAAAAAAAAAAGGGUUUUAAAUCUUUCUGUGAGGAAGAUUAUGGGGAGAGGAAGAGUGGAGUUGAAGAGGAUAGAGAACAAGAUAAACAGGCAAGUUACAUUUGCCAAGAGAAGAAAUGGGUUACUCAAGAAAGCUUAUGAAUUGUCUGUUUUGUGCGAUGCUGAGGUUGCUCUUAUCAUUUUCUCUAACCGUGGCAAGCUCUAUGAGUUUUGUAGCAGCGCUAGCAUGCUCAAGACACUUGAAAGAUAUCAGAAAUGCAGUUAUGGUGCAGUGGAAGUUAGCAAGCCAGCCAAGGAGCUUGAGAGCAGCUAUGCGGAGUAUCUAAAACUGAAAGCUAGAUAUGAGGCCCUGCAACGAACUCAGCGAAAUCUUCUUGGUGAAGACUUGGGCCCCUUAAACUCAAAGGAGCUUGAGCAGCUUGAGCGUCAACUAGAAACAUCCUUGAAACAUGUCCGCUCCAUAAGGUUAUGUUCUGCAUUUGUAGGUAGUCUAGGAGUAGAUGAAACUUGGUGGUUGAAGGGAAAACUUCAAGAUACCCAAUAUUUGCUUGACCAGCUUUCUGAUCUUCAGAAUAAGGAACAAAUGUUGAUGGAAGCUAACAGGGCUUUGUCAAUUAAGCUUGAUGAAAUCAGUGCAAGAAACCAGUUUCGAGCAUCAUGGGAAGGUGGUGAGCAAAGUGUUUCAUACAGUAACCAGCAGGCUCAAUCUCAGGGGUUAUUUCAGCCUUUGGAAUGCAAUCCUACUUUGCAGAUAGGGUACAAUCCUGUUGCUUCAGACCAGAUAGCUGCUACAACUCAUGCCCAGCAAGUCAAUGGGUUUAUCCCCGGAUGGAUGCUUUAAAUUUUUGCUUGCACAAUAUGGUUAAUGGUCAUAAACUAGUAGCUACCUACUAGGUAAAUGCUUCUUGAUGUUGGCAAUGUGUAAAUGGUUUCAAGAGCAUGCAUAACCUGCAAUGACAUAAAAACAGCAGUGACUGAAUUUGGUGAGACAAUGAAACCUUGUGCCACAGACAAAAGCCAUGUUACCAGUUUAUAUGAUAUUGGAAGACAUGACAGACUUUUAUUAGUAGUCCUUCCUUGCUUUGAUCUUUCUUUUAUAAA